CACUGACCCGGCCUCGCUCCUCAUCACACCGCCUGCCAUGUCACGCCACCACAUCUCGGGCCCCACGUCGGCCCUCACGGCCUUCCUGCGCGAGAAGAACAUCCACGUCACCAACAACCGCUUCCAGACGCGUGCCGAGCGCGAGGCUGCUGCUGCCGCUGCCGCCGCCGCCGCUGCAGCUGCUGGUCCGAGUGCUGCCGGUGCCGACGACGACACCGCAGCUGCUGGCGAGUCGAGCACGCCGACGCCGGCUCGUGCGGCUCGCCGCCGUGCCUCUGCUGCGCCGUCCGCUCCGGCGCCGAAGCGCCCGCGCCCCAAGUCGCGCAAGUCGCUCGACUUUGCCGAGGACGACGACUCGGACGAGUCGGAGUACGAGGAGCCCGAUGCGCCGUCGACGAGCAAGGGCAAGGGCAAGGCGCCCGCCAAGGCCAAGACGACGCGCGCCUCGGCGGCUGCGCGUGCCAAGCGUCCGCGCAACGCGCUCACCUUCGAUGAGGACGACGACGAGGACCUGGACGCCGAGGGCAACGCGAGCGUCGGCAGCGUCACGACGUGUGCGGCCUGCGAGCAGAAGUUCACCGUGACGGCAUACACAUCGCACCCGGCGCCGGGCCAGAGUGUGUGCAACAAGUGCACCGGCAACACGGCCGCCAAGGCGCGUGGCGCCGCAAAGAGGGCGCCGCGCCAGAAGCGCCAGAAGUUCAAGCAGGGCGAGGUGGGCGAGUUCAAGCUGCCAACGCUGCAGAGUCUGUGCAUUGAUAUCAUCAGUACGCACAUCGACAACGUCGAUGCGCUCACCGGCCUCGGCAGCUCGAACAUGGACGACAUCUCCAAGUCGAUCAGCAAGAACCGCCGCCUCAACUCCAGCACGCUGCAGCUCUUCCUCACUCGCGAUGCGCGCAAGCUGCACUUCUACGACUGUUCCGGGCUCGACUCUGACGCGCUCACGAGCAUCAGCAUCUUCUCACCCGACAUCACCGAGCUCAACCUGCAGCUCUGCGGCCGUCUGAACAACGCCACGAUGGCAGAGUACUCGAAGCGUCUGACGCAGCUGCGCAGCAUCGAGCUGUACGGCCCGUACCUCGUCUACAUUGCGGCGUGGCACGAGUUCUUCGACGCCCGCGCCGGCCAGCUUGAGUCAUUCAAGAUCCGCGAGUCGCCGCGCUUCGAGAUCACAUGCUGUCAGAAGCUCGUCGACACGUCGCCGCAGCUGCGUGAGCUCGGCCUGGCGCAGGUUGGGCCGCUCAAUUGCGAGUGUCUCGCUGUCCUCCAGCCGCUGAAGCACCUCGAGUACCUCGACAUCAGCGACCCCGGCGUCUCGACUCCUGGCGUGCCCGCCGAGAGUCUCAAGGACAUGGAUGUCGUGGAGCUCCUGUCGCACGUCGGCAAGGACUUGACGUACCUGGACGUCGGCGGCAACAUUGACCUCUCCGGCGACUUUCUGCUCUCCGGCGUGCUCGAAUACUGCCAGUCGCUGCGCACGCUGCGCGUCAACCAGGUGGCGAGUCUGGAGGGUCAGGAGCCGUCGGUCUGGUCGGACCUCUUCCUCGGCUUCUCCGAGCAGAAGCGUCCGGGCCUCGAGUAUCUCAACCUUGAGCGCUGCACCUCGCUCACCGACGAGGGCUUCAUCGCCAUGCUGGCGCAUUCGGGCCCGACGCUGCGCGAGCUCAACAUCAACUCGUGCACGGCGCUCACGGCCGAGGCGCUGGAGCGCAUCGCCGAGUUCUGUCCUGUACUCGAGACGCUCGACGUGGGCUUCGUGCGCAGCGUCAAGGACUCGGUCAUCAUGGCGCUGUGCAACGAGCAGGACGGCUGCCCGGCACUGAAGCGCGUCUCCGUCUUUGGCUGCAUGAGCCUCUCCGACUACCUGCGCCCGAAGCGCAUCCGUCUCAUCGGCAUGCAGAAGUUCGUGCCGCUCUGAUCUCGCCUCCGUGGUCCAGUCUCGCUCUCUCGAUGUCACCUCUACACACGCACACGGCCACUCACUCCUCACGCAAUCUCACCACGUCCACAC